AUGGAGAGGGCCAAACCUAAUCGUAAUGGCAAGAAUGAAAUCAGAGUGACAAUUCCUGGUAUAAAAAUGAGGACUAAAAAGCGUCCAAGCACCUGAAAUCCUGUCAAGACUCGGAAGAAAACUGAAAGAACUGCCACUAUGGGCUCCACACAGAAAAUCUUCUUCAAGAUAGGGGCUAAGAGUUCAGUAAUCAAGGGCCAAAGAAAUUUUGGGAUCAGGAAUACCACCCCUGUACUUAAGAAGAACCAUGACCGCAAAACUCAAUGAAACCCAAAGCCACAACCAGAUUGUUGUAAAUUUUAAGAAGAGUCCAGGUAAUAGCAUAACUAGGAGGAAGAUGUUUGUCAGACAGAAGAAUUUACAUCCUGAUUUCAACUCUAUGAUCAUCACUUCCUUCAAAAGAAGUAAUUUGAGGAAGAACACCACCCCUAUCCAGUUGAAUAAUGAUAGAAUUAGAGAUAUAGAAGAUUUGAAUAUUAUCUCUCCAGUGGACAAUCAAACUAUCCGAAGGGAGGCUCCACGGGCUAACAACAACAUGUUUCAUUCAUCAUCUAUCACAAAGAAUUGGAUUUAAAUAUUCAAAAUCGGAUGAUGCUUCAAAAUUUCGGAAUUUCAAGAAUAUGUCAAGAUUCCGUAUCCUUAAAUAAGGUGAAAAAGAGCUCAAGCAUAUUGAAAAGUAGCAUUUCAAAGGGAAAAUCCGUACUGAAAGAAGACUCUACAAGCAAACUCUUGAGCUCCGCCCAAGCUCAAGUUGAGAAGAACUUUAAGAAACUCCAGAAGGGGUCUCCAACUAAAAACGAACAGAACAAAAUGGCUAAGACAGCAUCAAAUUUCCGUUCUUCACGUUCUAAGCCUACUCAGUGCAAGAAGAAUUCAAGAUUAUAUCACAUUAAGACAAAUAAUUAUAUGGAAAAUACCAACAUUUUUAAGAAAGCUCUUAACCAAGGGAAUAAAAUCUGCAAAAACCAUACUAGGUUAAAUCAGCAUUAUCCAAGCCGCUUAAGACAUCAGAAUUUCGUUGAUGAAGAGGACUUUUUGAAAAAUACCAGGAAUCAAGAGAAACCUUUGAUAAUCCAGAAUUUUAUUGCACUAGAGCCGUCAGUAAAGCCUCAGGUUGAGCUUCGUACAACACAGCACUCCAGGCUCUCUAAGCCGGUCUCCAAAGCGCAUCUGUUAACAAAAAAAUUAGUAGAAGAUUGUUACCAAGAGUUCAUGAGAGAUCUGAAUGAGCCUGAACCUGACCAAACUCUCUUCUUCAAGGAGAUCUACAAGCCAGCUUAAGGAUAUUAAAAAGUUGAAACUGGAUAGAAGUUUCUAACAUUUUUUGGUAUUUUAGAGGAU